UAGCAGGUAUGUAUUUAAGUGUACUAGUGGGAGUGUCACUUCUGAGGUUCUGUGUCAUGGUGACCGUCCAGAGUCUUGGGAGUUGCAGAGGACCGCAUAUGCAACAGUAAUAGCACAUCAAGUACUAAACUAAAUGUUGAGGACAUAUUUCUGGGCAUAAGAUCAUUAGCUGUGAGACGAUUCUAACAUUCAAGCAAUGUUUUAUCGUUUGGGAAUUGCUCUUAGAAAACUAGAUGCAGCAGCAGCAGCUGUGCAGGGACGGAGCUCCAUACGGAGCUACUGCAACAAGCCUCAUGUUCGGGUGGUGGACCUCCGCACUGAUGUGGUGGCCAAGCCUGGGGUCGCGAUGUGCCAGGCCAUGAUGGAUGCCUGGGACAAAGAUUUCUUGGUGAAAGACGACCCCAUUGCCAGGUUGCCGAUUGGAUCUUCUACAGAGGAUCAUGAGCUACAGCAAAUUGCAGCCGACAUGUUUGGGAUGGAGGCGGCGCUGUUUCUCCCAACAGGAACCAUGGGUAACCUCAUUGCAGCGAUGGUGCACUGCCCGGAGCGGGGCGAUGAGAUGAUUGUGGGCGAUUUGUCCCAUUUACACAUCUAUGAACAAGGAGGAAGUGCAAAUCUGGCUGGUGUCCACACCACCACGGUGACCACCCUUCCUGACGGGACAUUUGACUUGGAGGAGGUGGAAUCAAGGAUCCGCCAUUACUCUGGUCUCAGCUUCUGCCGCUCUCGCCUCAUCUGUGUGGAGAACACGCACAACAUACGGGGAGGAAGUGUGCUGCCUCUGACCUUCCUGCAGGAGGUCCGUGCUUUAGCAGAUAGAUAUGGUAUGUCUGUUUACAUGGAUGGCGCCAGGUUGUUUAACGCUGCUGUGGCCCAGGGGGUGACUCCAUCCACCAUACUGCAGCACACACACUCUGUCACUGUGUGCCUCUCCAAGGGUCUGGGGGCCCCUGUGGGUGCCAUACUAGCUGGAUCCCGAGAGUUCAUAGACAGCGCAAAGCGGUGCCAAAGAGCUCUGGGUGGAGCAAUGUGGAAGACUCGUAUGCUACAAGCAGCUGGAAGGGUGGCUUUACUGGAUAAUAUAGGAAGACUGGAGGAGGAUCAUCUCAAUGCAAAAACCUUUGCUCAAGCUAUGGUCGACUGUUACCCUCAUCUAUUCUCUGUAGAAGCCGCAGGGACGAACAUUGUGCGUUUUAGUCUAAAGCACAAUGUUUGGAGUCCAGAAAAGUUCUGUUAUCUCUUGUAUGAUGUUUGUGAAGAAGAGAAGGCUGUGCUGGGACAAGGAAUUAGAGUUCUCAUGUCACCCUAUUUUGGAAACUCGGUGAGAGCUGUGUGGCACCUCGAGAUAUCACCUGAAGACACCCAGCUUGCCUUCCAGAAAAUACAAUUUGUUGUUUCUCAGCAUUUGAAGAAAAAACUUAAGGUCAUAAAAUGAAGUCUAAUGCAUAUACGUGAAAAUUUCUUUGGGAAGUUGCAAUGGUGACUGUACUGUACUGUGCAUGCACAAUCUAGGCUCAUAUUUGUUUUUAUUUAAAACUGUUUUAGCUGUAUAAUGCCAAUACAACAUUAACCAUACAUACAUGGAGUACCAAUAUAAAAUAUCCAAUAUAGAAAUAUAAUUAUGAUCUAUUUUAAUAAAGACAUUUGUGAUUAAGAAGGGAGUGGGGGUUGAGUGGCUCAGUGGUUAAGACCGGUACCCUGUGUGCAAAAGACAUCAAGUUC